CAUCAAACGUAUGCCGAACUGAUAUAUUCUGCUAGGACCGGUGAAACGCGGACAUAAUCAACCGUCCAACUUUUCGCAUAAUGGGCUCCUCGAUUGACAAGAGCACACUAUAGUCAUAUUGUAGCUUGGAAUCUGGCUUGACUGCUGCACUUUGGGUUGCGCUCGCAAAGGCAGCGCGGCGCCGGGAAACACGCCGCCCUUUUCCGACCUUCACUGCUCGGCGUUUCACAUUUAAGGUGACAGCUCUGCAAGUAUCAUAAGGAGGACGACAGGGCGGUGCAGCAUACACGGACGCCGCGGGUUGCUAUUAAUUAAUUCUUUUCAAGGCGGAUCAACGCAUGGAAGCAGGCAGGGAUGUGCACGACGCACGCAACCCUUGCCAGGAAGUCCUCGUCGCAAUCGGCGCGCCUGCACGGUCCCGGAAGCUCAGCGCAAUCAAUUUGCUGGGCCUGAGGAACAGGGAUGUAGGUCCCUGUGAUGCAGGCAGCACAAGACCGCUACCGCCACAGCCGCGGCAGCAACAGCCGCAGCAGCAGCCGUCGUGCAGCGGCCUCGCUGCCACGACAGGGGUGGCCGAUAAAAGCAGUUGCGGCAUGCCACCCGGUGCCUGCGCGCUGUCCACUACCUUUCCAGGUUUUUGCGGUGAUGACGCCGACAACUAUGAUCAUGACGCAUGCCAUGAUGUGCUCCUGCGGCGGGCUACCCGUUCCCCAAUCCGCGGCAGCCGCCACCAGCAGUGCGGCGGCCUGAGCGCCGAUGAGGACGUGCCUGCUGCUUCCGCCACCAUGACCGCCGCGCCUGCUGCUGGCGGCUUGCCGCAGCAGCCAAUGGCGCUGCCGGCCAGGCCGCCCGCCGCACCGCAGCUACCGCCGCAACAAGGGGUGGCAUUGGCAGCCGCCGCCGCCGCCGCCGCCGCUGAGACGCCGCCGACAGCAGUAUCGCGAUCGGCGGCUGUGGCCAUGGCGACGGCGGCGGCACCGUUUCGCCGCGACUGCGGCGGCGGCAGCAGCGGCGACAGCGGCAGUGGCAGCGACCGCAUGCAGGCAGGCACGCGGGCACGCCAGCAGCCCUGGCACUUGCACCACGCCCUCCUCACCAGCUACGAUACCGGAGGCGCGGCAGCUGCUGCUGGCGGCGGUGCCGCUGCUGCAGCUGCUGCCGCGGCUGGCCGCGGCGCAGGCCCAGACGACGCCGGCCCCACGGUGCAGCAGCCCCACACCGCCACAGCAUCAAUCGCCACGGCCGCCGCUGCGGCCUGCGCCGCGGCCUGCAGCUACAGCCGCCGCACCUGCCAGUCGGGCUACAGCGCAGAGACAAGCGGCCCCUGUGACGGCGGCGGCGGCCCCUACGGCGGCCCGUCCGGUGGCGGCGGCGCCGUCAGCAGCAUGGCCCUUUCCUCCGCCGCCUCGGCUGCCCACCCGCUUAAAAUGUGGGCAGACGUGUGGGGGCUGGCGAGCGGCAAGCAAGGCGGUGGUGGCGGCGGCGGCGGCGGCAGCCGCAUCGCCGCGCCGGGCUUUGGCUUGGGCAGCGGCGACACGCAUGGGCAUGUGGAUACGAAUGAGGGUGCGGGUGCGAAGCUUGCGGGUGCGCCUGACGGUGCCGGCAGCGGCGGCGGCGCCGCCGCCGCCAGAGACAACGCCGCCAGCACCCGGACCUUCCAGGCGGACGCGUACGACAGAAUGGAUCUAGGCGGUUUCGAUCCAGCAAUCCGCGGUCCUGUGGAACCCAUGGAUCCGAUGUACGACACGCUGUGGUGCGGCCGUACGAACCAGCAGGCCAGCAGCGGUUACAAUGUGCAUCACCAGCAGCAUCACCAGCCGCCCAGCAGAGAGAUGCAGCUGUCUGCUGGGGCGCCACGUCGGCGUGGCCAGGAUCACGUCCCUACUGGCGGGGAUGACGAUAUCGAUGGCGAGUGUCUGUUGGCGGCAUCCUCCCGGCGUCGCGACGCGGCCGCCACAUCUGUGGCCGCGCACUCCCUGCGGUCGGCGGCCGGAGGCCACGCUGGCUUCGGUGCUGCUGCAGUCGCCGGCGCCGGCCCCGGCUGCUGCUUAACUGCUGCUACAGCCGUGGCUGCCGCCAUUAAUGCUGCCGGCUCUGCCGCUACAGCCGACUACAGCCGCGUCGCUGUUGGCGGCUCACCUGUCCGCCUCGGUGCCUCGACCGUGCCUUCGCUGGAAACCGACCCCUGCAGCGAGGGCGUCGCUGCUUCGGACCGUGGCCGCAGGCCCGCCGCCGCUGCUGCCGCCGCUGCCGCCGCCGCCGCCCACGGCCGGCUCACACACCAGCUCCUCAUCGCAGCCUUCGCGCCGGCCGCCGCAGGUGCCACCGCCAACAGCGCGUCUGGAAACGGCAGCAGCGGCGGUGGGGUUGAAGGCUCCGGCUUCCCGCUAUUCCCGCCUGUUCCGCCGCCCGCCGCGCCACGUGUAAUAACCAGCAGUAGGGCGCAGCAUCAGCAGUUGCUGGGCGCCGCGGCCAACGCCCGUGGCGCGGCUGGUCGCAACAGGAAGGCCCGGUCUGACGUCGUCGCUUACGGCCGAUGCACUGGAUACCUGGAGCUUCCCCUCCCCCAGCACUGCCAGCCGCCGCCGUCAGGGAGCGCCGCAGCAGUGGCUCAAACAGCCGCCGCCGCGUAUUUCGCCGCGUGGCCUGCUGCUGCCAGCUCAGACGGUGACGGUGCUGGCAACAACAGGCGUGGGCCCCUGCCCUGCGUCUCCGCCCACCGCUCCUGUGGCCCAGCGUCGUCGCCGGCGGCAGGGCUGCUCACGGUCAAGCAAGCCCUUCAGGCUUUUGAUACCAUGUCAGCGGCUGGGACCAGGGCUGCGGCUGCUGAGGAUUCUGACGCCGAGUCGUCGGAGGACUCCGUACUGGCACGCUAUGCCAGGCCGUCCAAGCUUGCCGCCGCCGCUGAGGCUACCGCUACCGCAGCAGCCUCCGCAGGCGGCACGGCGCCGGUAGCCGCUGGCGACCUGCUGAUUCCGGUUAGCGGCUGCGGCUCCGCCGGUAACAUGCCGACGACGCUGCUACUGCCGCUGUCCGACCGUGGUUCGUGGCGCCCCACUACCGCGGUGGCCGUCACAGCGGGGCAGCUGGCUGCGCUGUCCGUGCCAGCGGCGCGGUCCCUGCCACACGCCGGCGGGCCGGAUGCGCCCGCAGCCGGUGGCGCAGCCGCUGCCGCGCGGCACGAGCGACAGCAGCAGGCGCAGGGGCCGCUGCGCUCGCGGCAGGCACACGCGUGGAUGGCGGGGCGUGAGGCGGCGAUCGCGUGCGUAGCCGCCGCCUCCAAAACGGGCACCGUGCCUGACCCCUACGCGGACACCGAUAGCGACCUUGAGCUUGCCUCCGCGUGUGAGGAGGCGACGGACACCGCCGGCGGCACGUCGUCGCCGGCAGCAGCAAGCCAGCAGCGCCGGCGCUCAGCAGGCUGCAUUCUGGGAAGCAUCUUCACUUGCCUCGGCCGAUGAUGAGGCUAGCUUUGAAGCGCAGGCGGAUCUGUGCAG